AUAUCAGUUCACAUUUUUAUCCCCUUACUCCACCCACCCCCAGUGUUGCAGGGGAAGAAGAGAAGAAAAAAAAAAAAGGAAGAUUAUUUAUAUGUUCAGCAAUCAAAUUUUUCAAUCCAGUGUACCCAGAUGUUUUUCUUUGCUGAAGAUAACCAUACCAGCCUUCAACCAUCUUCACCCAAGGAUGAAGCUCUGCAAACCAGACAGGCAACACCACCUGAAAAGAAGUGCCAGAGAAGAAACAGAGCCAUUUCCCAUCUACGCCAAAGUGCAAGUGAGCGGGAGAAGAUGAGGAUGAGAAAUAUCUCCAGUUCUCUCCAGAACUUGAGAAGAUACCUUCCACCAGCGGUGGCACCAGUUGGCAAAAACCUGACAAAAAUUGAGACACUACGCCUGACAAUCCGCUAUAUUGCACAUCUCUCUGAUGUUCUUGGUCUGGAUGAUGAGACCCUGAUGAAGAGAAGGGAAGAAAGCCUCAGAAGUUCCAUGUGUCCAGUAGGCCUCAGCUGCUGUCAAAGCAAUAUGCAUGAAAUCUGUUCGGCUGCAAGAACACAAUUGCCAGAGACCUUCCCUCAGUAUUCCAGUUCUCCUAGAGUAUUUCCAGAGACAGCAAGCCCCCUUGGCAUGGACACCUACCCUUCUUCAGUAGACAUGUGCUCUCCACAAUUCACAGACCAAGGCCCACCUGAAGAGUCCUUCUCACCAUGUGCCAUGAGCUCUUCUCCAGUACAUUUAUCUCCAGUACCAGACAUGAAAGCAGACCCAUCCCAGCCACCAGCUUCUCCAGAUCUGGGGUUUUGUCAGGAUAUGUUUGAUGACAUGUGGGACGAGCUUGAAAAUAAAAAACUCUGGACGUCUUUCCAGACAGAAGAACCUUUCCAACUACAACAUUUCUGCUAGAGAUAUGAACACUUUCUGUGUUCUGUUUAUGGACUCUUGCAUUAUACUGUGCAUAUGUAAAUAACAGAGCAUUUUUUAUUAUUGUAUAUAACUCAU